AUGCCCGACGCCAAGGCGGUCAAAGCUUUGGAAUCCAACGUUGAGUUGCUAUCUCGCUCGCUGUUUGCUACGACCGACACAUCAGCCAAGAGAAAUUUGCGGCGUACCAAGAACAAUGCUUCUCCUGAUGGCGAAGAGCGAGGUAUUGAUGCAGCCAACUGGAUGACCUCACCCCCCACUUACCCGCGCGCUGUGCCGCGUUCGCAUAUAAUAAACACACGUUAUCUGAGUAACUCACACACAAAACUCUGCAACUUCUACGGCCAUGAGUAA